CUCAGCCUCGGCCCGGGCCGCAGCACCGCGCGCAAGGCGGGCCAUGGCAGUGGAGGAGGCGGCGGCCGGCGCAGACGCCGGCGCGGCGGGCACCGAGGCGAGCAGCCCCGGCCUGCUGAUGGAGAUCGUGAGCUCCCCGCUGAACCUGAGCCUGCUGGGCCUCUGCCUCUUCCUGCUCUACCAGAUCGUGCGCGGCGACCGGCCCCGCGCCCAGCCCGCGGGCGAGGAGGAGCCGCCGCCGCUGCCCAAGCUGAAGCGCCGCGACUUCACGCUGGCCGAGCUGCGCGCCUUCGACGGCGAGCGCAACCCGCGCAUCCUCAUGGCCAUCAACGGGAAGGUCUUCGACGUCAGCCGCGGCCGAAAGUUCUACGGCCCCGAGGGUCCCUAUGGCAUCUUUGCUGGAAGAGAUGCAUCCCGAGGUCUUGCCACGUUCUGCCUCGAUAAAGAAGCUCUGAAAGAUGAAUACGAUGAUCUCUCCGACCUGGAUGCUACCCAGAAAGAAACGCUGAGUGAUUGGGAACAGCAAUUUACAUUUAAAUAUCACUACGUUGGCAAACUGCUGAAGGACGGAGAAGAACCCACCGUAUAUUCCGACGAAGAAACGAAAGAUGCUGAAGACCGCAAGAAUGAUUAGCGAAUGCGACAAAGAGCCACUUGAAGAUGGUUGGUUUCUUUGCUUUUAAAUUUUAAGGAACCUUUUAUCAUAUUCCACUUAUAUUUUACCCAUUUCUGCAUCAGCCGUUUUUAGAAAUACUAGGACUUGCGGUGGCGUUGGCUGUGAUGCUGCACAUUUUAAUCAAAAGUAACUCAGUGCUAACCUUUUGAGACCCAAGCUGAGUCCCUCAGUGGGCAGGAAUGACCGAACCCAGUUGAGGUGGUACAUAAAGGACCCCCAUUGCCCAAGCACGUGUUGUGUGAGCUCCCUUCCAUUUAAUGGUGCUUUGCAGGAUGUCCCUGUGAGGACCUGCUGAACAUACCUUGCUCAGCUCUGAAGGUUGACCGGUGACCAGAAAAUGUCUCCCAAGUAGGUACUGCUUUGUCCCCAACUCCCUUUGAAUUCGUGGUGUCUAGAAAGGGUUCCUGUAUCGUCCCAACCCGUUUCUUUGUAACAGUCCCUUUUAUAAAACUUGUCUUCCACCAAAGGCCCAUAUCUGAAUGAGCUUCAUCUGCUGCAGGAACCUUCUCUGGGAAUGUGGGCAUUUCUGCAGGAUUUCUAUAAUUUCAGAUCCUUGGGUGGGAACGCGGAGUCGGUGGUUUAUUUGUCACAGCUAAUGUAGCACUGGAAAUGGUUAAAAAGCGGUUUUAUAGAGAUAUUUGCACCCACGUUAUAGGAUCCUGGCUUUGAAGCAAAGUAGCUUUCUUCUUAGAAGGGUUGGGAUACUUAUAUCUUUCUAUUAUGCUAAUUAACUGCAGGGCAAAGUUAAGAAGCCUGUUUUGUUUAGCUGUAAUGCAGAUCUUCAGUGCCAUUUAUAAUGAGCAAUUAACUGUAAGCUUUAAGAUGUUGGCAGGGUCCUAUCCAUAUGUACAUGGAAGUCACAGUGGGUCUGUUUCCGGCCAACUUGCCAACAUUAAUUCCUUGAAACGGUUUUGUAUCCAUAAGCCACUCUCCGCUACUGUUGGUGGCGUAUGAGGGCUAGAACCUGGAGAGUGUGCCUCACCUAAGAUCUGAAGGGCAGGAAAAUCACACUUAGAGGAACAUCGUAAUAACUGGACAGCUCCAAAAUUCUUGCACCACUUUGCAUUAGAAUCAUUCACAUCCAGUUAAGACUGUUAACCAGGAGACCUGCAGCCUCUAGCAACUGCGACAUGGGGCCAAUAAAGCUAAGCUGAUUUAGUGCAGAAGUCAUAGAAAAUAAAAGAGUAAGUUGUGGACCUUGGGCGACUCUUAGUUUAUUUAGGAUUUUAAUUCAGGACAGUAGAGCCCAAACGGAUCUUUGUGAGCUUCCUUGAAAAGGCCAGCAACUUUCCUUGAUUUCAGCUAAAGAUAAUAGAGCCAAGUUUUACUACGGGGUGAUUUGUCCAUUACAGAUAGUGUACUAGUUAUAGGAUGCAUUUGAGAUGCAUUUGGGUGUAUUUGAGAUGCAGUUCAUUCUGUGUAGUCACUCACAUGAAUUGGCUGAAUUUAGGAAACCUUUGCAGGAAGAAAGGGCUGCGGAGCCAGGAAACAGGUUGCAAAGAAGUUAUUCCUGAGUUUUUGUUUUUCACCCUUUUCAUAUACCCACCACUUUGGGGAGCUUCAGCAGUAGAGAAUUAUUCUCCUUACUUUCUAAAAAACUGUACUUUUCAUACCAAGCAAUAUUGUAACUUGGAAAUUCUACAGUUAUAAAUGCGAAGUACAAAGUUCAGAUUUCUUUCUUACUCCCAUCCCCCAAAAAUGUACAACGUUCUUAAAGAUCUUUGCCUGUGGUUAUCGCUUGGGCCUUAAAGACAUUUAACUGGCUGAAAUGUUGUGACCUACCUCUGGGCCUUGUAGGGUAAUUAAUGAAAAGCUAAUUUUUUUAGGGUUACUGCUUCUUUUUAAGGUCACCAUUCUUGCAAAAUUGAUGUUGAAUGAUGCUUCAAAUUCAAGACAAGAUGGCUGUACUUGCUUUGUUUUUAAAGGUGAGAAAAUAAAAAUCUUCCUAUGAA